AUGGUUGAUUCUACGGGUAUCGUCGGCGUCAUCGGCGUGGCCGGCCAAGUUAUUCAGUAUAUCUUCAAGUUUUGUUACAACUGGAGGGAGGCUAAAGAGGAGGCCGGAAGUUUCAUUCAAGAAGUACGGGCCCUCAAAACCACCCUACAAAAUGUUCAUGAUCUUCUCUCGGACCCGGAUUUUGCGAACGCCUUCAAAGACAUAUCUUCGGCAUUGCUUUCUAAGCGUAAUCCCCUGCCCAAUACAGGCCCUACUGACACGGGCCAAGAUGAAAACGACUCAGGGAGAGCUGGAACUGGAUAUCAGCUCGCUCUUAUCUACCUGUGA